AUGUCACGUUCAGCUCACCACCUCGAGUACGCCAGCCCUCUCGUCCGUGCCCCUUCCCCCGCCAGCACAGUCGGCAGCGUGCAUGGUCCCGACCAGACCUCGGAUGAUGGGCUCGAUGAUCGGGCCUUUGAGCGAAAAAUGGAGGAGAAGCUCAAACUGCGUCAAUCUCUGCACGAGGAGGAGAUUGCCAACAAGGAGCCACUCAUUCGACGUCCCGGCACUGCGCGCGAGGAACGAGAUCUUUCCGAACGCAUAAUUCGAGAACUCCGCGCCAAAGUCACAGAGAUCGAGGAUAACGAGUUGUUUGAGCAAACCAUGUUACGGGGCUCUCAAGCAGGGAUCGAGCAAUACACUAUCCCAACAGACGUGGACGCAGUCAUGCUCAGCAUGAUGCCUCAGCCGGGCACAUCCUUGACGCUGGAGCAACAGCAGAUGACGAAUGGGCCGUGGAACCAGGUCCAAGGCGUGUAUCAGUUCGAAGGGCUCAACGGGCCGGCCACGCCGUCCAAAACACCCGCCAAACGGGCGACAAAAGGCAAAGGGAAGAGCCGCAAGUGACAUACUGCAAGCAUUGGCCGAAAUCGCACAUACCAUGUAUUAUCUAGCCGCAUAAUAUGUAUCCUGGCAGUGUACGUCC